AUGAAUAUUCGAUACCAAGAUGAAGACGAUGAAGAUAUGAUCGACGACGAUGAUGAUGAUGAAGUUAUUGACAACGGUAAAGAAGAACAUGUCUUAUCACAACGGUUAAGUCAAUUAAUAACGACAUCAACCAGUGGUCCAGUCUAUUUAUUAACAACGAACACAUCGUUUCGAGACAUGAUCGAAAAACAAGCAUGGUGGAU